AUGCUCUCUCGUCUCUGCUCAAUCCUCCGCCACAACCGUCUCUGCUGCUCAGCAGAAGCGCGUGAAAUGCCACGCGCCGCUCUCUUCCACCAUGCCCGUCUCCUCCAGCCUCAUUUCUUACGGACUUCUCCGAGAACUGCUCUUGUGACCACAACGAAUCGUCUCAAUGUUUCUUCGAUGUUUUGCCGGGGAUUCCACGCACUGCGAAGCACCGGAGUAGGUGGAGAGUGGAAGCUUCCGAAGCCGGCGGGUCGUGUGUUUGCGGAGAGGAGAGAAUAUCGUAAGAUGAGGAAGAGAAUGCCGAAGAAGAAACAGGAAUUGGAGCUUAGCGUCAGUAUCUGUAUCGAGGAGCAGCUUCCUGAUGAUCUUGAGAUUCAGAAUAUUGCGGAAAUGCUUCGUCUCAAUGUACCUAUGGCGAUGAAGCUGGCAUUGGAUGGAUUGAAAGAUUCAAAGUGUAAAACAAGAGAAACUGAUAUAGAAGAUGUUGGUGGGUAUGAAACGGUCGAGUUAUCGGUGAUGCUAUGCAAUGAUGAGUUUAUAUGUAAACUCAACAAAGAGUGGAGAGGCGAAGAUCAUGCUACAGAUGUGCUUUCCAUGUCACAGCAUGUUCCUGAAUUGAAGCUUCCAGUACUUAUGAUGGGAGAUAUUGUCAUAUCUGUUGAGACAGCUGCGAGGCAGGCUGCAGAGAGGGGUCACACUCUUCUUGAUGAGAUACGCAUUCUUGUGAUUCAUGGGCUGUUACACCUACUGGGAUUUGAUCAUGAGAUCAGCGAUGAAGCUGAGAAAGAAAUGGAGGAGGAAGAGGAGUUGUUGCUAAAGAGCCUUGGGUGGAAAGGGAAAGGGCUUAUUCAAAGUGCGCAUGACAUUGAAACAAUAGCUAAACCUCAGCCGGAGAUACCAGAUGACAGGAAGAAAGGAGAUGGCCUAAGAUUCUACAGACCAAAGUUCUCCUACAUAUUCUGUGAUAUGGAUGGCACACUGCUUAACAGUAAAAGUCUGGUCUCGGAAGCUAAUGCGAAAGCUUUAAAAGAAGCUACGCUGAGGGGACUUAAAGUCGUGAUAGCUACUGGGAAGUCCCGUCCAGGUGCGAUUAGAAUCUUGAAAAUGGCUGAUCUAGCUGGACCCUAUGGCAUUGUUUCAGAGUCCUCUCCAGGCGUAUUCGUUCAGGGCUUACUUGUCUAUGGUAGACAAGGAAAAGAAGUGUAUAGAGGAAACUUAGACCGAGAUGUCUGCCGAGAGACAUGUCUUUAUUCUUUGGAGCAUGGAAUUCCUCUGAUUGCAUUCAGCCAGGAUCGCUGCUUGACAUUAUUUGACCACCCUCGUGUUGAAUCUCUUCACACAAUUUACAAGGAGCCAAAGGCCGAAAUCAUAUCAUCGGUUGAUCAACUUAUAUCUGAAGCUGACAUUCAGAAAAUGAUAUUCAUGGACACGACCAAGGGGGUCUCAUCUGUUAUCCGUCCGUACUGGUCAGAAGCUACAGGAGACCGUGCUGAUGUCGUUCAAGCUCAAUCAGAUAUGCUAGAGAUCGUCCCACCAAGAACCUCCAAAGGGAAGGGUGUGAAAAUGCUACUCGACCAUUUAGGCGUUUCACCAAAUGAGGUAAUGGCGAUUGGGGAUGGCGAAAAUGAUAUAGAGAUGCUUGAACUGGCGUCGUGGGGAGUUGCUAUGAGCAACGGUGCAGAAAAGACAAAGGCCGUGGCUGAUGUAAUCGGUGUGAGCAACGACGAAGACGGUGUUGCGGAUGCCAUUUACCGAUACGCCUUCUAA